AUGAGUAUAUUAGAUUUAGAAAUGUUUUCAGUUUCUGAAGCUAUUGUGUAUGAUAUAAUUCAUCGUCAUCAUAAGCAUAAGCAUAAGGAGCAUUUGUUUAAACAGCAACCUAUUGUGUGCCAAAAUAAAUGUGCUAAACGAAAACAUCGGAAUAACAGAAGAAACGAACUUAGGCCAAUUAAAAACAGCAGUAGAUACUAUUCACCAGAAGUUUCAGAAACAGAUGAAGAGAAUCCUUCCAGUAAAAGAAAGGUCAUUACCAAGGAUUUGAGAUGGCGAUCAACUACUAUAAGUUUAAUAAUGAUUACCCUUUUUAAGAUUUCAAAAAUACGAUCUCAUGUUCAGGAUACUGUUGGUUAUUAUGAAAAGGAACUAUCAAAGCCAUUUUUGGUGCCGAAUUGGUCAGUUAGUGGCUACGAAGGGUCUCUGAAAAUGGCUGUGCAAAAUGCCUGUGAUGAAUGA